GGCCGUGAUCAGACGAUUUAUAGUGGGCGUGGCCAGGUGGAUGCGGUGCGCGGGCUGAGCUGCAGGGUAAAACCUGCUGUCAGGCCGCUGCAUGCGUGUCUGAUGCUCACCCUGGUCUGCAGGUUUACUCUCAGACUGAUCUGUGAGUGCAACAUGUCAGCUGCUCAGGGGCUGCAGGAGCUUUUCACCAACAGCAGUGUGAAGAACACGACGGGAGCUCGGGACUGGAGCGAGGUGUAUGAAGCAGUCAAGUGGAUCCAGCUGGUCAUGGCUCUGCUCAGUAUUCUGGGUUCAGGCUCCAUCAUCAUCUGUGUGAUGUUACAGAGGCUCUGUCGGGCGCCAGAGCUGCAGCCUCUGUUGCUGCUCAGUGCGUCUGACAUGCUGCUCGCUCUCUGCUGGUUGAGCGGAGCCAUGCUGUUCUCGAAUCACUGCAACAGCUGGAGCGCAUACUGUUACAACCUGCACACUGUGGAACAGGUUCUGUACAUGGCCUCCUUCCUCUACACACUCAACUACGUGUGGGACCUGUACAGGGGAAUCAGAGAGAUGUUCUACAGCUGCCUGGAUGGAUACUCUGUGCAGUUCUCCAACAGAGUGAGCACAGCUGGCAAAGUCACUGCUCUGCUUUCAGUGCUGAUUCCUGUGCUGCUUAUGACGCCUAUAUUUAUCCAAGGGAACAUCAGCAAAUGUCAAGCCAACUCCAGCGAGCCCUACAGGUGUCUGCUGAUGCACACCGGAGCACUGUACCUGACCUUAGAGCAGCAGCAGCCAAUCAAAGUCUGCAGCCUGCUGCACGCCUACAGCAUCACCAUCUUCCUUGCCACCUUCAUCGUCACACUAAUCAGCAUCACAGUGCUCGUGGCGAAUGCCCGGGGUAUUUACAGGCGAGCUGUGGUGUCAAACGGUUACCUUGGCAACCAGCAGCAAGCCUCCUUCCAAGUGAUGAACCGACGGAUGCUCCUGUACCCGUCGGUCUUCGUCCUCUGCUGGGGUCCAGCGGUGAGCCUGGCUUUUCUGCAGGUGGUGAAGCCCUCAGUGUGUCAGGGCGACGCCGGGGUAGCCCUCUACGUAUUACAGGCCUUCACCUCAGCCUCUCAGGGUUUCCUCAACUGUCUGGUCUACGGAUGGACUCGUGCGCACAUCCGUCGAGCCUACAGGACCGUUUUGUCUCGGGACGUGGACACUCAGACGCCCCUGCUGCGGUCCCAGAAGAAGGGGACCUACCAGUCCCUCCCCAACAUCAGCUGAAAGACACCGCACUGACGGGCUGAGGCUGAGGAGGGGUUUCUGUCAUCUGCAGCACAAAACACCAAAGGAAAGUCUGAACUUUCACUUUCACUAAGAGGGAAAACACCACAGCUGCAGAGGACACACACUUCCACCUCUGAUCCUGGACCACUGGGGCGAGAAAAAGGGAAGAAGAAGAAGGAGAGGGAGUUUACGACAAGAGGAAGAGCGACGAAGAAAACAGGAUUUGAAAGACUCAUGGCCGCACUGAGUCUGCCCUGACGUGACCUCACAGGUGGCUUGUUGGUAUCCAGUUCACCACUGGCAAACAGCCUCUGUGCAGUUCAUUAGCAUCACCCCAGUCAGAAGCAGAACUGCACAGAGCAAAAAGAUAAAAACAAGAUGUCUGAAGUAGCUGUAGCCCGAUCUUAACAAAUUCAUGCGAUUAGAGAAAUUCAAUAGAAAGUUUGAAGUAAUUUUUAGUUUUCAUGCACAAGUGGCUACAUUCAUCUCAGUUUUUACCUUUCAACUUUCCAUAGUUCCAUUAGGAUGAUCAGU